GGCUCUCAUGCUUGUAUGACUUAACAAAGUUGUGACAGUUAGAUUUAAGAGGUCAUUGAGCAUCUGUGUGUACGUGUGUGUGUGCUAUUUUGGUGUAUGGGUUUCGUGCGAAUCUCUCAGGGUCGACUGGGUUAGUCUGUUACACUGCUCUGGAAUCACUGGACUUAAGUUGCCUCCUGCGGUGGGAUUGUCCCCAUGCCAGUCCUAAUAUCACCUACACUGUGCAGACAAAGACACAGGGGGAUCCCUGGCAGGAUGUGCCGUGGUGCGUCUGGAUCUCCUCUCGCAGCUGUGACGUUUCUCCAGUCUUUUCAAACUUUGAGCUGUACAACAUGAUCCGUGUCGGCGUCCAUCUCAGCCCCGGCUCCACAGUCUGGAUCAAGCCACACAAAUUUGACUACAGUGACUUCACCUUUAGCCCUCCAUCUGUUUCUGUCACUUGGAAAGAUGACAGUCUGUCAGUGAAGGUGAAGUUCCCUUGUGCUGCCAACAGGAGGUGCUCUCGUGAUGGGUGCUGUCCUGUCUCUAAACUGAUUGACCCUUGGACCACAGUGACUGUGUACAACGAGCUCAACCUCUCUGAAAACCAGAGCCGCACAGUUUGGACCCAGGAAGAUGUGUCCACUGUGGAGUUCUCUGCUUUGUCUCUGGAUCAGAACUACUGUGCUGUGGCCAACUUCUCCUUCCCAACUUUUUCCAUGGCUGCUUCCCCAAAAUCUGCUCCUCAGUGCGUUGAAACUGUGCCCAAUUCAGGGAUGCUCCAUAUGCUGUGUUUGGGAAUCGGUUUGGCAUCUUUGUUUCUUUUAUUACUUCUCACUGUGUUCCUGCGAAAACCAAGGCGAGCCACACCCCAGCCUGAAAAUCAACCCAAGACUCUGAAUGAUUCAAUCUCUUUGGUUUCCACAACUUUGGUCCCGGUUGACCCUUGUGACAUUCACUUGGAAUUUGCUGAUGAUCACACCUCCAGUGAGUCCUAUUCCAGCUUCCACCCCAGUCCGAAUCAGACCUCCAUCGUUGGAAACUUGAGCCUCAGUGAUCCUGUCCAAUAUGGCCCUACUGCAGGGGCAGAUUACUGGGACAGUGGAGGACCAGAGAGAGAGAGAGGCCUGGAGUCUUGCAUCAUCAUCCCUCAUCUGUCCCACGCCUCUGAAGAGACAUGUAGGACAAAUGAGGACUAAACGACUGCGAGACACAUCCCUGAGUGUUGCUCUGCAAAAGUUUGCAAGGCUGUGGUUUGCACCAUGCUCUAUGAGGAGUGAAACAGAAGUAACAUCUAGGAUAUCAUCAAGGAUAGUUUAUCUAAGAUAAACUGAAGUUAAAGUAAACUCGGUUUCUAGAUAAGAAAACAGAAAACUUGUAAAUUCCCUUUUUAAAGGGAUUUGAAUCUUCUGAGCUUUCUUUACAUCUUUUAAUCAAACACAAUCUGAUUAAAAAUAAGGGAAAAAAAUCAAUGGAAAAAAAUGUGUAGUUAAGGUUUUGGAUUUUAAACUUUAAUAAUCAUUUAAAAUCACUUAUUUCUGCUAAAGACGUUCAUGUGAUAUAAUUAAAAGCUCCAGAUUAAUCACUAAACUGAUCGAUACACAUAUUAUCACACAUUUCUGAACAUGUCAUAGAAGAAAAAAAACAGAACAAAAUAAAUUCCAGUGGUGUCUUAUUGUUCCUUCCUUCAUCACAUAACGGCAUUUUCCUGUCAAAUACUAGACAAACUAUCUUCCUAAGAAAAGACAAGAAGAUGUGGUUAAAAUUUCUAUAAUAAAGCUUGUUUCAAAGCAAAAUAAAUUUAACUACAGAAAACAACUGAAGAUACAGCUUCAAAUAUAACGCUCAGUACAUUUCUUGGUUAAAUGAAUCUAAUUGACUUUUCCAGUUAGAAAACAUAGAAACUAAAGAGCUGGUAGGUUGGUAGGCAGCAGAGCCUCUUUUCUUUCACUGUAAGGCCCAGAUUCAAGCACUUUCUGCUUACAGUAUGAGACAUGUUACACAGUACUGUUCUGCAUGUUCUAUUUAUUCGUCUAUUUUCUAUUUAUAAGUCUAUUAUGAUGCUUAUAUUUAAAUAUUUUUACUAUAUUAUUGAUUUUUCUAAUGCACUGCAGUCACUAAUUGAGAAUCAAAAUUUUGUUCUCUUGUGUAAGCAAAUGCAGUGAAAAUGACAAUAAAGAAUCUUUGAUCUUUGAUCUGGAGAGGCUGAUAACAGGCAGUGGAAAAAGCCAAGGAGCAGAAACCGAUCUGUUGUUUCAUGCACAUUGUGGGUCAUGACUCGAUCUCUAUGUAGCAUCAAGUGAUCGCCAAUUUAAAAUAUAGCCACACGUUCCUCAUGAGUCAGGGUGCUGCAUGAUAGAGAUUAGACAGCUGAGCAGAGAUUUAGAAGUGAAACAUAAAUGUUUUUUUUUUUCUGUGUAUGUACACAUGUACUGCUCAGAGGGAGAAAAUAAGUCUAAAUCUGGUUGUGGUUUCACCCCCUCAGGCAAGUUCAAGCCAUGAUCUUCAUAAACAAGAACUGUGAAAACUUCUGACCCCCCACAUGCAGCCAGCUGCUUCUUUGCACUGCUGCUCCUGGCCAAAGCGAUAACAAAGAGUAUUUUUUUUCCACCUCUUAUUUAUAGCCCUGAAAUGUUUCUGACGCACCGUAGAGCCAUUAGAGCUUCUUUGCCUCUCGCCCAUGACUGACACCUCAUUCUACACCCCUCCAUAAAAACAAGGAACAUCUUGCUUUUCUGCCUUCUGUUUUGCUGGUGCUGCAGUCUUUCCGCAACAUUGGGGAGCCUUGUGGGUUUGGCUGUCCAGCAUUGUUUGUUCCUUCAUCCAUAUUUUCCAGAAUACGCACAGACCUCGAGGGGGUAUCCAAAGCUUCCCAAAAUGAGCCAGUGAUAUGGCUUUUAUUAAUAAUAAAAAAAGUGUUUCCACUGUGAAAGGAGAUCACCGGUUUGUGUGUGACUACACAACAGUAGGAAUCCUGCUCUCUGCAGCAUCCAGAGGCAGAACACAUUUUACUUAAAAUUUCUGUUCCUGACAUGGCUGUGACUCUCCUUAUUGUUGGAUUAUAAGAGCAUUAAUCUGUAACCUGGUAAUGAGUUGUUCCCAGUCCAGUCAGAUGAUGAUUUCUGCACAUGACACUUGUCUUUGUUAUGAGCGUACCAACGUUUUCUGUAAUUAACAAGUGCAACAUUAAAUAACUGAAGGUUAUUAAACUGGCUCUCGUCUUUAUGUUAAUUAUACUAAAGCCAGGUUUAUUUAUGAGACAAAUUUGAACUAUAUAAAAGGUCUAAAUGAGCUAAAAAUUCACACACAUGCACACACACUUCAAACUUUUUUAAUUUCUUUCCCCAUCUUUAUACUUGUAGAUCUUCCAUUUUACUGCUAACACUGAUCUUAUUGUGUGCCUUUUUAAUAUACGUACCUUUAACUCAAUACUGUUUUGUCUGUUUUCCUUUUGAAAGUCUAACCACAGACUGUGGCUGUAAAUUAGCCUGGGCUAGAAAUCUGUAUGCACUGCAUCUACCUUGUAUAUUUUUAUGAAGCAA